AUGAUUUUAUUUAUAGGAGAUGACUUUUCCCUCUACAACGCACAUUAUAGAAGACCGUCAAUGCAGCACCAGGCUGAAGCAGACGGAAAUGUGGAACCAAGACAGGCAGGUUUGAAUAGCUCGACAUAUGGAACCUCCCAGGACAUGUGUUUUGAACAUCAGAGUGAUGUCUCUGCCAAGAUAGCAGUGAAGAUGGAAGCUCUCAUGCGAUCAGUCGAAGAGAAAAAACGCAUCAUUGACGCUAGACAAGAGAAAUUACUGCAAGCGCAUGAUUAUGUCUUGGAUCUACUGCGACUGGGUUAUACGUUUACUCAGAUUAAAAAUGAGGGCGCCAUCCAUGAGGAGUUUUUAACAGAGCUCUUCGAAUUACUAAAUAUACCAAUCACUGAGAAAUAUACCCCUGAUCCACAUGCAGUGCCUGAGAAUGCAGCUGUGCGGCCUUGUAUGGCACGUACAUUCUCCAACUGUGAUCUAUCAGUGGCAGAUGGUACUUUUGCAACCGAUCACCGUGAAGUACCAGUGAAGGAUGAUCUGAAAAAUCCAGACCAGAAUGAUACAGGGACAGCAUCGACACAACAACUACAGGAUAACGAAGACUAUGCAAGCCUCUCUUCAGAUGUCUCCAAGAGCUCUCAGAGCCUAUGUACCAGCAUGCGAAGUCAAUCUGCUUCGGACUCCAUGAUGAACAGCCUCACCAACCAAUUUAGAGAACCGCAAAACUCUCCUGUGUCAUCUGAUCGAGCCGCAUUUGAGCUGCAUAGGGUCCUUACUAAGUUCCAGAUCGAUCUACGCUGUGUAAAGAUACUUGCUUCGGGCGAAACAAGCAUGCCAUCUGCAGAACUGCGCCAGAGGAUAGGAAUGCGCUACCAGGACAUACUUUUGCAGCUAGAUGGUAUUUUGGACCAGCUAGGGAUCUUAGCCAGUCCAGGGGGAAAAGCGGGUACGCGUGCGCAGGUUACCCCCGCAGCAAAUAUAUUACUGAAGGACGUAGAGAAAGUCAACCCGGCCCCAGCUGUACCUGCUCGUUCCAUUGUUGGGAAGUCCAAAAAGACACUUCAUGGAGCUAUUUCGCAUCAGGGGACCGCUAACAGGUCGCCGCAAAGUCACAUUCGGCUCCCGGACAAAGAGGAGCCUCGCCAGGACCUGAUAGAAGACAGUUUUGUACGAAUCAAGAAACACAAGCCUCAGAUGUUCACUCCUUAUCAAUCUCUGCUAUCCUCCUACACACAGUUUAUCCCCGUGCCGUUUGCUACGGGCACCGAGGACAUGCUAUGCCCCGUCGAGACGUUAAAUGGCGGCUGCGAAGAUCCCAAGUGCCCAUAUACACACUUUCAAGGGCUAACUGCGAAAGAUUGA